ACUGAUGAAGUGAAAUCAGACUCUUUCUCUGAAAUUAAGAGAGAAGCUCAGGUCAUAGAUGCCCAAGGAAUUAAAGUUUAGAAGUCAGAAUUCUUACUUAAAUUGCGUAAGGAUUUUUGUUGCAGUUGUCUUGAUCUUAUGAUUUGGAAGGAGCAGCAACCAUUCUAAACCCAGGAAGUUACAAGGGUUUUGCGCCAACAUUAUCUCUAAUUGAAUUGCGUCUAACCUCACAUCAUCAUCUAGUGAAUUGGACAGCACAUAUCCAAGAAACUGAAAACUCUAUUACUCUUUUGACCUCAAUGACUUGGAUGACUUUACUAGGAGGCAGACUCUAUUAGAUAAGUAUGGGGCUUAGGGAGAUGUGAAUUCCCAGACACACACAUGCACUAUAUACACAUACCCAAGUCCAUGUUUUGUAGUUAGAACUUUUCAGUUGUUCUUUCUGUUUGAAAAAAAAAAAAAAACAAAAUUGAUAGGGACUUAUAUGCAAAGGAUAAAUUACACAAAUAAUCCCCAAAGUAUACUAUAUUUUUCAUUUUGGUCUCUAACCUUUAAUUUGUUUUAAUUACAUCCUGCACUUCACACAUUGAUUCAUUGUGGUCCCUUCUUAUAAAUGCCAUAAACUUCGGACCAAAAAUUUUGGGAUCAUGCUUAUAUUAGCCUUAUAUUAAGAACAUAAAAGACAUUGAGGAAUUUAUUUCAUUUUUUUGCCUAAAUGAAUAAUAGACACAUGAAUUUAAAAAAGAUAACAAAGUUACUUUUAAGAACUGAAAUACAUACAUAAUGAGGAACGUAGUCCUCUCAUAUGUCGCAACAAGAAGUUAAUUUUUGUCCAUUGAAUUUUGUAUUUGUUGAGUUAAUUCCUAAAAUCUUCUGACUAUUGCACUUUUAAUUUGUCGAGUUAAUCCUGAAAAUCUCCCUAAAGCCUCAAUUUUUCUAUACAACAUGAAACCAUAAUCUUCUAUCCAUUAUUUGAUCAAUGUUAUUUGGCAUAUAUAGUGCAUUCAAAGCUUGAUUUAAGCAUGAUAUCAACAUCUGCAUUUAUAGGAAAGGACUACAUUGUAAUCAAUGUGUAAAGUUUAGGGAUGUAAUUGAAACAAAUUAAAGAUUGAGAACCAAUAAUGAAAUAGAUAGUAUACUUUUGGAACUAUUUAUGACCAUAUACUUCUAUGCCAAACAGUAGCGUCUUAUACAAGUUGUCCCAAGUUUUGUUUAAAAUAUGUUUGUUGUUUACUUCAUAGAUGGUCAAAAAUUGCUCGAAGGUUGCCUGGAAGAACUGAUAAUGAGAUAAAGAACUACUGGAGAAGUCAUUUGAGAAAGAAUGCACAAGUCCGAGAGCAAGAAACUACGAUCAGAGCAUCACAAACAACGAGAAACAAGAUGUGUUGGUUACAAAAUUUGAUAAUGGAGACUGCACAUCUGUUAAGGAGAACAUUUUGAGAACCACUGAUGAUCACUCUGAUGUGUUUGAAUUAUCAAACUAUGGAAUUGCAAGUUCUCCAUAUGAAGUCCGCAUAUCGGAUUGGAUGUCAAGUUGGUCAAAUGAGCAAAGGGAAGUGAACCGUCAUCAUGGGGAGUGUCAGAGUUUGGACUCAGAUGUUCAAAAGAUCCAUUUCAGAGACGGCAUUAGAGCGAAUGUCUGGUUUGUUUGGAUCGUUUUCAAUUCUUCAACCAAAGGAGGGAAAAAAAAGAUUGCUUUGAAACGGGAAAAGAUGGGUGAGACAGCUCCUUUUUGGAGAUUUUCUGCUACUUCUUAUCCAGAUCUUGAAACAGCAGCUCCUGCUGGUGCUCUUUUAAGGAAUCCUAGCAGGCCACUUAACGGCAACUCCAGCACCUCCUCGAGGAUCUGCAAAAUUAUGGUACAGUUUUGCUUCUCUGUUUCUGGAUAAUAUGUUUGGGCUCUUCUUUAGUUACAGGCACAUUGCGUAGGCAAAGCAGUGGGGAAGAAGUUGGAUCAAG